AUGAAAGGGAAAGAGACAAGAAGAUGUGGCAGACACAGGAGAGCCAUGGACGACACGUUGAACGUAUUUCUCAGCUUUUACACAAGAUCCGAGAAAACACUGGACAAAGCCGAGGCAGCAUUUGAGAAGAUAAGAGCUAGGGUUCCUCUUGAAACCGUCUCCCUUCAAAAUCGAAAUAUGGUCGAGAAUCUUGUACGCGAGAUGCAAGAGCAAAAGGUGGGGUUGGACGGUGCCACGUGGAACAACGUUUUAAGGGUAUACGCGGAUCCAAGCAAGAUAAAGGAGAUGGAGACGUUUAAAACGUUGGUUGAUGAACAAGGAAUCAACCUCGAACGAAGCACGAUUGUUGCAAUGGCAAGGGCUUAUAAUAGAUCCGGUUUGGUACAAAAGGCCAUAGAGAUGUAUGGUGACGUGCCUGGGACGCAAAGAGAAGUGUACGCUCUUUGGAAUGAGUACAAAAAGGAAGCAAAGGAUGAUGGAUAUCGGACAAUGAUAAAUUCUUUACUGAAGCUGAACAAUGUAGAAGGAGCUGAGAAGGUUUAUGAAGAGUGGAACCCUGAAGGACCAAAGCUGGAUAUGAGCAUACCAUGUUUACUGAUUUCUAGGUAUUACGCGGAAGGGAUGGCAUGGAAGGUCGAUGAAAUGUUAAAGUCGAUAAAAAAGAAGAGAUAUGGCAUGCAUAUGAGGAAGCUAAGGUAUCACACGAAAAGGAUGUUUUCGAAUUUUACUUAUCCCAAGAUCACAUGGCCGUACAGGACUAAUUUACCCGAUUUAACGGUGUUGAAAGAAAGCUUGAAGGUGGUUUUGACGGUUAUUUUAGGUGUCGCAGUACUUGUCGCCGUGGCUGUCGGCUAUGUUUGA